GUGAUAGUAAAGAAGUGUUAGUGCAUCACAAUCGCUGUUGAUCGUAGUGUGUAUGAAUCGUACGUCCAUCGUACGUCACCGAAUUGUUCAGAAUUGUUCACGGAGUUACGGGAGUCACGGACGGAUGAAAAAGUGAUAUAAAGGUCCUAAUAUGGCUAGUGAUAAAAAAUCAGGCAAGUCUGCGAAAAGCACGAAGUCUACUACAGAAAUAUUGUCGGAAUUUCAAAUGCUUCGCAAUGAACAAAGGGCGAUGGCUAAUAAAUUGUCAGAAAUGGAGAUGGGAUUAAAUGAACACAAAACUGUAAUUGAUACUCUAAAAAAUGUAGAUCCAAAGAGGAAAUGCUAUCGAAUGACUGGAGGUGUCUUAUGUGAAUGUAUUGUAGAAGACGUAAUGCCUGCAUUGGUAACAAACAAAGAACAGUUAAUAAAAGUCAUAGAUAACUUGAAUGAGCAGCUAACGAAAAAAGGAAUUGAAAUAAAUGAAUUCAAAGAGAAGCAUAAUAUUACAAUACAACAUGAUAUGCAACAACCGCAGAGG